UACCUAGCUGUCACGCUUGGUCGGAGUCGGCGAAUUUUGAAUGGGUGGUUGAACGCCUUGCGCAGUUGCAUCUUCGCUUUCGCAUUCCCGGAUAAUUUAGAACUAUUUACCGAAUAAGAGUAUGAAAUAAGAAUGGAGUCGUGCUCUCGUCUCACAGCAGCGGAGGGUGGUGCCAGGCUGGCAGCUGCCGCUGGUACCAAGAAUGUAAUGAUAACUGAACAUACCAACUUCAUUCCUACUUCCUUAUUGAUUGAAUGCGCUCAUGGUAUACGCGGAACCCUGUUAUCAGGCUUCAAGCGCUCUGUUUAUAUCGCCCGAUCAUCUCGAAUUGCCUGUGUGGCUCAUGAGCUGAUUAUCCUAACAGAUCUUCAAGUGAUUGGAGUGAAGGAUUAUAAUGAAGUACAGGAUUGGAAACAGGAGUUGGAAAAUAGGCAGGUGUUGGUAUGCACAUCGACAGUGUUCAACAAAAUACUGGAGAAUAAUUUACUUAAGAUGACAGAUGUUAAUGUUUUAAUCAUUGAUAGCUGUCAUUUAGUUUUUAGAGACAUGCAUUUGCAACGUAUAAUGCAACUUUACAAAGACUGUGAUAAUGAUAACAGACCUAGAAUUUUGGCCAUGACCUAUCCAUUAUUUCAAUCAGCUAAAGAUAAUAUGGAAAAUAAUGACAAUUCUGAAAAUGAUAUAUCUAUUAAAAGUAUUAAUGAUGAAAAUAAAUCAGAGACCAAUAUAAGAAGAAUAAGUGAAAAUGAAUUAAAGAACAAUGAUGUGAAUCAAAAUUUAAAUGAAAUUUCAAAGGAAAAAAUAAAUGAUUCACCAAUUGACCAAGUAGAUGAUAAAAUAAAUAUCAAUAUUAAAUUAGGUGAUGAAAUUAAUAAAGAUAAUAAGGAUGCAAUUGAUGAAGUUGGUAAAGGUGAAAAAGAAACCAAAGAAAGCGUAGAUUGUGAUUUGAUUGAAGAUGUGAUAGAAAAUAUUGAUGAAAUAAAAACCAAAGGUCAAGAUAAAUCAUUGUGUAUUGAUUAUGAUAAUAGUUUGAUGCAAGUUUAUAAAAAUUCUGAUGACUUUGACAUGUAUGAAAAGUUGGAAUGGAAAAUUGAGGAAAUGGAAAAACAACUUUGCUGCGAAAUGGAUCUUGCUGAAGAUAUUGACGGUGGAAAAAGGUUAUCACCGUCCUCAACAAAACCAAAAGAGGUGAUUGUCGAGUAUGGUGAUGUAUGUGACAAAAUCUCGGAUCCAUAUAAGGACUUAGAAACAUUCAUGAGAAAUACAAUCAAUGAUGCUUUUCAGUUUAUUAAUGAGCAUAGAUACGACCCCACAGAAAUAUAUGGUGAUGAACUUUAUGAGGAAUUUAUGAACAUUCCUGACCCCACUAUCGAACCCAAAGAUAUAUUUUGCCAGUUUCUCUAUGUUUUGGAUGAGUUGGGUCCCUAUGCAGCCGACAAAGCAGCAUUUUCUUUAUUAACGAAACUGGAAAAACUUAAAAUAAAAGUGCCAUAUGAACGCCAUUUUCUUCUUCUAUGCCUCUGUACGUCCGUGUUCGUGAAAAUAAGGUGCUACGCCGAUUUCAUAUUUUCAAAGUAUGAAUCGGAUUGGGAGAAACUUGCCGUGUUCUCAACACAAAAAGUAUUGAGAUUUGCAGCGAUUUUAGAACAAUUUCGUCCUGAUGAUACGAAACACGAUAAAGUAGAAGUUAAAAUUAAUCAGGCAAUUUGUGAAAAUGAAAGUAACAAAACUGAUACUAAUAAUGAAGGGAAUAAUGUCUCCAAUAUACAAAUUAAUGAUGUAAACAAUGAUGCUAGUGAAAUUCCUUUAAGCAAUAAAUUUGAAAGUCAUCAAGCAACAUCCAACCAAUCGUGUUGUAAUGAAGUUACUAGUCAACAUACAGAUAAUGAAGUUCUCGAACCGAAAGUUAUUAAUAAAGAUAAUCCAACUACCUUUGACAAUACAGGCCUGAAAAUAUCUAGAACAAUAGAAUUAUUAGAUGAAAUUAAUAAAUGCGAUUUUACGUCUUUAGGUGAUAAAAUUGAAGACACAGUUAAUGUUAUACAAUGUGAUUUAAAAGAAUUUGAUGCCAACUAUAGAAACGAAACUAUGGAGACUGACAGUAGUUUAAACGAACAAGCAAGUUUAAAUAGUGUUAAUGAAAAUGAUGAAAAUAUAGAUAAAAGUAAUAAAACAGUUAACAAAGAAAUAACUCAGAUUAAAAUAAUUGAAAAUAUACAAAACGACGAAGUUGAAAAUAAUGAUAUUGCAGUACACACAGUGGAACAAGGCCAUUCCACAGAUGUAGAAAUUAAAUGUGACAGACUCGCAGAUACUCAAAGUAAUAAGAAUGCUACAAAUGAUUUAGAGAUUAGCAAUACAAAUAAAGAGAAAAGUAACAAUGAUAAUGAUGAAAUAAAUAACAGUGACGAAUCGAAUCAAGUGAAUGUCAAACAAGUGUCAAACAAUGAAGUCGCAGGAAAUAGCAGUGCUCUAGUGAAAAGUGAUGUGAAAACCAGUGAAAAUGACGAUCCAAAGACAUUUAAAAGAGGACGAGGUCGGGGCAGAAGGAAGCUGAAUGUGAAAAGUCAAUUGCAGACAAGUGAUUCCUUGUGUGGUAUUGUGUUUAUGAAUGAACCGUUGAUGGCGAAAAUUAUGUUCAUGGUUAUUAUUGAUAUGUCCCGUUCUCGUCCAUCACUAUCACACCUCUGUGCUCAGUACUGCGCCGUGGAGACAGUGCAAGAGCCAAGAGAGCAUCAAAGACAAGGAAGGAAGCAAGAAGAUGUUUUAAAGAAGUUUCGUAUGCACGAAUGCAAUCUGUUGCUGGCGACUUCUGCUCUGGAAGAGGGCAUAGAUCUGCCAAGAUGCAACUUGGUUGUCAGAUGGGAUGUGCCUCCUUCAUAUCGAUCCUACGGCCUCUGUCGAAGUCGAGCAAGAGCUGCCAAGUCCUCGGUAUCAUUGCUGGCGAAUGCCGACAGACACAGCAGAUUAUUGGUCCACAAUCUUGCUGUGUACAAGGAGUUGGAUCAGAUUGUUACAAGAAAAUGUGGGUGUGGUAUUCAAAAUGAACCACCUCAAGAAGAAGAAAUAGAAGCAGAUACAUACACUUCAUGUAUCAAAGCAUAUAAACCAAGUAAUAGACAUGUCAUUAACAAAAUUAAUGAAAUAAAUACAAGCAUUAAUGAUAUGAAUGGCAUAGACCCGGAAAAAAGUAAAGAAAUUGUAGAUAUUGGAGGAGAUAGUAAGAAAAAUAAGGAUGAAGAAAGAGGAGAUUCAGAAGAACUCGAGAGAAGUAACGAAAAUUGUUCAGAAUGUAUUGAAAAUAAAAUUGAUAGUGAAGAUGUCAAAAUACCUUUUGAUAAUCUAUAUGAGAAAUCUAAAGUAGAAAAUACAGAUAAAAAUAAAGUUAAUGUAAAAGAAAAAUCGAUGAAUAUAAGUGAAAACAAUAUAUUAGAUUUUAGAGAAGUGCGGGCAAGUGGAACUAUACCAGAGACAAGUGAUAAAGUGAAUAGUGAAGUGAAAAUAACAUACAGUGUUGAGAGAAGUGAAGAUGCCAGUGUUGAUUUAAAUAGUGCUAUCGCUUUAAUUAAUAGGUAUUGUGGCAAGCUUCCAUCAGAUACCUUCACUCGGCUGGCACCUCAAUGGUGGAUGGAGGAGGUUCGACUCCCAGCAGGGAACGAAAUGAAGACGGCGUAUAUUUGCACUCUACGCAUGCCAUUGAAUUGUCCCGUUAAAUACAAUAUUGUGGGUCAUCCGAUGCCAACUCGCGUGUUGGCUAGACGCAUGGUGGCACUGCAGGCUUGUAGGAUUUUACACAAGUCAGGGGAAUUGGACGAUCAGUUGAUGCCCAUAGGCAAAGAAAACUUCAAAGCAGCUGAAAUGGACUCGAACCUUACCCAAGAGUUGGACAAUAAUGAUUCCGCCCGCCCAGGGACCACUAAACGCAGGCAAUAUUACUUCAAACGUACAGCCUGGGCGUUCACUGAUUGUCAGCCGAUAAUAGACACGAGCGAUGCUGAUAUCGAAGCGAAUCCGAUACCAAAGAGUAGACCCAUUCUACCCUCUGGUACAAAGAGAAAUAUGCUCUAUGCAAUAGUCUCGAAUCUAUGGUGUGCUCUACCAGAGAGGUAUAACACAAGAGGAAGGAAGUUGCACCUCCCGCAGCACGCUGAUCAAGCUAUAGGGAUACUUGUCGCAAGAUGCGAACCUACCAAGUUGCAAAUUCCAGCGUUUCCAGUAUAUACGCGUUCUGGGGAAGUGAGAAUCAGUGUUGAGCCGGCCUUAGAUGCGGACGUACGUCUGUCGCCACGACGAGCUCGGCUUGUACGUCGCUUCAUGCGUUUCGUAUUCUCGGACGUGCUGCGCGUGCGCCGUCGCGGCAUGAAGUUACAAACGGAGGGAUCGACGCAGAACAAUUAUUACAUCGUACCAACUGUUAAACGAACGACGGACACCGGUACGGCGGUGGAUAUAGACUGGGCGUUCUUAGAACUAAUUUUCAAACAUACGGAAGGCAAGAAGAUACAAGAGCAGGAGAACUCCGCGUUAUGGGAGAAGAAGGAGAAAGGGCAGAUAGAGAAUCCACUCUUGAGGCCGGGUGAUGUGUUUGCUUUUGACCCGGAGAAGUAUAACGAGGCGGUUGUUACGCCCUGGUAUAGGAAUCAAGAUCAACCACAGUUCUUCCUGGUGGCAGAGAUAUGCUGGCACCUCACCCCCGACUCGGCAUUCCCUUCGGAUCAGCACGCGACCUUCCGCUCUUACUACAAAGCCAAGUACGGAGCUGAUCUGACGCAGAACGAUCAGCCAUUGUUGGAUGUGGAUCACACCAGCGCCAGAUUAAACCUUUUGACGCCUAGAUAUGUGAACCGCAAAGGCGUAGCGCUGCCAGUGUCGUCGGAGCGCACGCGCAGAGCGAAGCGCGAUCGUCUCGACCAGAAGCAGAUAAUGGUCCCAGAACUCUGCAAAGUUCAUCCUUUUGCGGCUCCGCUUUGGUUCGCUACAGUUGCGUUGCCCUGUGUGUUGUAUCGCAUCAACGCCUUGCUAAUAGCGGAUGAGAUCCGUCGCGCCGUAGCAUUGGACGUGGGGCUCGGAAUCCCCAGAAUUGAUGACGACUCGUGUCCAGGGUUCACGUGGCCGGCUCUGGACUUUGGCUGGAGUUUGGCAGAGGUACUCAGUGCUGACUCAGAGAAACACGACAAAAAGAAGGAGAUAGAAGACUGGAAUCAGAGUGGAGACCUGGAAAAGGAACAGAGGGAUAAAGAAGAACAAGAGAAUUUACAGAAGACUGAAGAAGAGUCGCAGGAGCAGAAGGAGAAGACGAUCAAUGAUAUAUUGCAAGAGAAGGAGGAAGCGGAGAGUGGUUUUGAAAUCGGCACUUGGAGCAAUGAAAUGGCGUCGUCAAUACCAGAAACAAUGGAGUACGACGAUUUCAUGGAGCCUCUUCCGCCUAACCUUACAUUCUGCACGUCUGCUACAGGUGGAGCGAAUUGGUCAGAUCCAAUAGAUAAGCCGAAGAAUUACCCUGCUAGGAAAUUCUCUAUGGCUGAAAGCGAUUGUUCAUAUUUAUCCAGCGAUUUUGAUACAGACGAUUCAGACUUCAACUCGGACGGUAGUGACGAAGAUUCUGACGGUUUCUCAAGUAGCAAGAAUGCGAAUGCUGCAAUGGGCGUACGUAUAGAAUAUAAGACAGCCCACGAGGCUGAAGCUGUAGACGUUGAACGCCGUCGGCCUGUAGCCCCAGCGCCUAUGCCUGAUAGGGACGACGAUAUGCGAGAUGUGGCGGCCUAUAAGGAGAUUUUGAAGGAUGGCACACCACCGGAAGAGCACGUGACAAAAUACCGAAAUUCGGUCAUAUCACACGAAAAAGAAAUUGUUGCUGGUCAUCUUAUUACAAGAAGUGAUCCGGUAAAAAAUCUCCUACCUGAGGGUAGAGAAAUAGAUGAACAUACAAACAUAACUAAAAAUAUUGAUGGUCUUAAAGUAGUGUCUAAGAAUAAUUUGGUCGAUCAAAAAUCAUCUGAUUCACCCAAUGGUGAAGAAGCCAAUUCUGAUAAUAAAGAAAUAUCCAAAACAGAUAUAUCUAAAGAUAAAAUAUCAGAAAUGUUUCCAUAUCUAAAUGGAAUCGAUACAGACGGUGGUCAAAUAACAUUAGAAGCCAUAGAGAAAAGCAAACGGACACUUCUCUUGGAAUUAAAAAAGACAUUGACGGAUGAGGAAAUUAAAAAGUUGAAUUGCUUCUCUAUGGUCGACAUAGAUAUCGAUGCCACAGAUUAUGUGAACGAGAAAGUUGCCAAUGUCGGCUUUGAUUCCAAGGAUAAAUAUGAGGAAUUGAUCAACAAAUGGGACUCGGCUGAUUCGAAGCCGUAUUACUUGGACCAUAGUCAGAGUGGUAAAGAGUUUGAUUUCGAUUAUCAGCCGAGUCUGGAAGGACAUCCGGGGCCGAGUCCUAGUGUUAUAUUGCAGGCUUUAACGAUGUCGAACGCAAAUGACGGUAUAAACUUGGAACGUUUGGAGACCAUUGGAGACAGUUUUCUGAAAUUCGCGAUCACUGCGUACUUGUACUGCGCACACCCAGCCGUACACGAAGGGAAAUUAUCGCACAUGAGAAGUAAACAGGUGUCGAAUCUGAACCUGUACCGCCUGGGUCGCAAUAAGCGUUUAGGUGCUCGCAUGAUCGCCUCGAAGUUCGAGCCCCAUGACAAUUGGCUACCACCCUGCCACAGACCACCGCAUACAAUGCAACCUGGGCACGAUCAAGACGAAGGCGAAAAGAAAGUGCCGGUAGAUAAUACAGGAUGUUUCAUUCCGUACAAUCUUAUAACGCAGCAUAGUAUACCGGAUAAAUCAAUAGCGGACUGCGUGGAAGCCCUAAUCGGGGCCUAUCUGCUGGAAUGUGGACCCCGCGGAGCCCUGCUCUUCAUGUCCUGGCUUGGCAUCCGUGUUCUGCCGUGUCAUCUGUUGGAACUGCCCCUAGGGCAUCCCUACGUGCAGAGCCAGAACUACCAGCCGACCAGCAGUGUUGAAGAGAAACCGCCUCAAAAAACCUUCGAACCGCUAUCGAGUGACUCGGAGAGCUGCUGUUCGUCUGAUGAGGAAGGUACUCCGGAUUCCCAACCUCCGCCAGAAGACUGGAGCUGGACCGGUAGACCGGUUGGAUCUUUGAGACCUUAUCGGGAUGCUGAUGGGAAAUGGGUCCAACCUGUAUUUGGGGAGCUGAAAGCACCACCAUCACCUCUUCUACGAUAUAUAGAAGACCCAGAAGGAGAACUUGAACAAAUGCUGUCAGGUUAUGAAGAGCUGGAGAAGACCCUUCAAUAUAGAUUCCGCGACAGGUCGUUGUUACUCCAAGCCCUAACUCACGCGUCCCAUCAGAAAAAUAGACUGACGGACUGCUAUCAGCGCCUGGAGUUCCUCGGAGAUGCCAUUUUGGAUUAUUUAAUAACCCGACACUUAUAUGAAGACCCGCGGCGUCACUCGCCCGGCGCCCUCACAGAUCUACGUUCGGCACUCGUGAAUAACACAAUAUUCGCUACCUUGGCUGCUAGGCACGGCUUUCAUAAAUAUUUCCGUCAUAUGUCCCCCGGACUCAACGAAGUGUUGACGAAGUACGUGAAGAUACAAGAGGAGAAUGGACACUCUAUUAGUGAAGAGCACUAUUUAAUACAAGAAGAUGAGAUGGAGCAAGCUGAAGAUGUAGAGGUUCCGAAGGCUCUCGGGGAUCUCUUUGAAUCCGUAGCGGGGGCCAUUUUCCUUGAUUCCGGCAUGUCUCUUGGAGCCGUCUGGCGGUCGUACGCCCGUCUGAUGAUGGCAGAACUGGAAGCUUUCAGUGCCGCAGCGCCCAAAUCUCCAGUCAGAGAAUUGUUGGAGGCCGAACCGGACACGGCUAAGUUUGGAAAACCCGAACGCCUAGCAGACGGCAGACGGGUCCGCGUGUGCGUAGAAGUGUUCGGAAGAGGGACCUUCAAGGGGAUCGGACGGAACUAUCGCAUCGCCAAAGGCACCGCGGCCAGAUGUGCGCUGCGGCACUUGAAGAUCCAUCGCGGGAGAUAAACAGGACUUGCAAAAAGAAAACUCUUCUUCUUCUUCUUCAGUCAAAACUUAAGUGUAACUAUUGAAUUUAAUCGUUUGAUUUUUUAAUUUCCUUUACAUUCCUGUUUAUAUAAAUAAGUGUAUUUUGUUUGAAAAUUAAAAAGGGUUUUCAGC